AUGGCGUCGUUCGCCUCGUCCAAGGCGCUACUCGCCAGACCAUCCAGCGGCCUCGCGGGCCGCUGCGCGCCGAUGUCGUUCUCACACUCGACGGCCGCCGCCGCGCGCCAACUGGCGCUCGCCACCCCACAGCUUGCAUCAGUGCGGCCGCAACGGCGGAGAGCGGCGGUGCGCGUGGCGGCCAAGGCUGUGGAGGAGGUGCAGGUGGAGGAGCAGGCUGCCGUGCCAGCGCCCUUCAACUUCGAGGCGUACAUGUAUGCCAAGGCCAAGGCGGUCAACGCGGCGCUGGACGCGGCGGUGCCGCUGCAGUACCCGGAGCGCAUCCACGAGGCCAUGCGCUACUCGCUGCUCGCCGGCGGCAAGCGCGUGCGCCCGUGCCUGUGCCUGGCGGCGUGCGAGCUGGUGGGCGGCAGUGACUCGGUGGCGAUGGCGGCGGCGUGCGCGAUGGAGAUGAUCCACACGAUGUCACUUAUCCACGACGACCUGCCCUGCAUGGACAACGACGACUUCCGCCGCGGCAAACCCACCAACCACAAGGUGUACGGUGAGGAUGUGGCGGUGCUGGCGGGCGACGCGCUGCUGUCAUUCGCCUUCGAGCACGUCGCGCGCGCCACGCCCUCGUCCGUGCCGGCGGAGCGCGUGGUGCGCGUGAUCGCCGACAUGGGCAAGGCCGUCGGCUCCGAGGGACUCGUCGCCGGCCAGAUCGUGGAUCUGGAGAGCGCAACUAACCCUGUGGGCGUGGAGACGCUGGAGUACAUCCACGUGCACAAGACCGCCGCGCUGCUCGAAGUGUCGGUGGUGGCGGGCGCCGUGCUGGGCGGCGCCAACGACGACCAGGUGGAGCGCCUCCGCAAGUACGCCCAGUUCGUUGGGCUCGGCUUCCAGGUGGUGGACGACAUUCUGGACGUGACCAAGUCCACGGAGGAGCUCGGCAAGACAGCCGGCAAGGACCUCGCACAGGACAAAACCACCUACCCCAAGUUGUUGGGGCUGGAGAAGUCCAAGGAGCUGGCAGAGGAGCUGAUUCGGAAGGCCAAGGAGCAGCUCAGCACAUUCGACCAGCACAAGGCGGCUCCCCUCAUCGGCCUUGCUGACUUCAUUGCUUAUCGCCAAAAUUGA